UUGAUCACGCAGUCGAGCUUGGCCGAUCGAUCUUGACGAUGCGCUCCAAUCUAACAGUAGUCGACACUUUGAUGUGUUUGAUGUGCCUGGCGGCCCGCUAAGUCGAUGGCGGGCCAGGGUGGCCCCCGUGGACGCGUGUGGACGCGUCUCUGCUACUGUAUAUGUACACCUGGGCAUGUACUUGCUGAGUGCACGUGCAUGCGUGCUUGUUGCAUCAUCGCAAUUACACCAUGUGCACUGUUUCACACUUCCUGCACUUGGAUACUUAGCUACCUAGGUAUAUAUAACCAUCGCCUUUUCCUUAACCUCUGCCUAUACCUCUUCUUUUCUUGUCUUGUCUUUUCUUUUCUUUUCCGCCGUCACUUCACUUCCAUCCACCUAUUUAUUCCCUUCUUCUUCUUCUUCUUCUUCUUUCCUUUUCCUGUCCGUCUGUCCGCUCCUUUACAUCUUCUUGUCACCAAGUGCCGUCGCGCUACUCUGACGUCGUGCCUUCGACGCGUCUACAGUCCCGCGUCGCCUGUGCGUGCUGCCAUGUCUGCGCGCGACUUCGUGGCUGCCUUGGAAGCUCCGGAUCAUAGCCAACUACAAUCACUGGCCUCAAAAGAACCCGUCGUCAGUCCCACCCUGUUCGAUGCAGCGGCAGCAUACCUUGCUGCGUUCUGUAGCAAUGCGCAGUCCUCAACCAGAAAGAGAUGGAUCGGCCUCGUGCUGAGGAAUAUCAUCAGAGCUUCGCCCGAGCUAGCCAAAAAAUUGGCCCAUCUCCAACCGGGACUCAAGCACAUCGGCAACACUCUUUCGAGCUCAUCUAUCACAGGAGACGUGAGCACCGUUGCCGGUCUCAUAGUACAGGUGUGCUUGGAGAACAGCUUGACCUUCCAAAACUUCUGGGAUAAUGAUGCCGUUCUUGGUCUGUUCACCACGUUUCCUCGCAAAACGUCUCCGAGGUGGUUGAAAGAAUUACACAGUUUCGUCCAUGUCCUACGCAAUUUGCUGGGUCAUGAAGAGUCGCUCUGUACGGACAUGUUUCCCGCGCGGUCUCUUACAAUGCCCGAGGAAGACGCUUGGCCUGGCGAAAUGGAGCCGUGCCUUUUUGCGGGGGACGAUACACUCAUUAUAGUCAACCUAGACGGCAGUACAAGUAACAUGACAUUUGUAGAUGUUCCAUUGAACCACAUUACAGGCCUCGAUUGCAGAUUGUCAACACUUCAGCAUGAUCGAGCAUCGAAGAGACAAUCUGAUGCAUGGGAUCUGAUUCUUGAAUUUAACCCUCAAACAGGGGUCUACCAGGUCAAUCAUACCGAGCGCCACAGCAAGGAACUCACCAUCACAUUCCCGACAAAAGCGGAAGCCGAACGACUUGCAAAACGCCUGACAAAAAUUGCAAGUCUUUCUCCACUGCGAAAGACGUCUGCCCGCGCAACGAGAGGCAGAGAUGCAUUCGGUUUCCCAGAGCAGCAGGAGAGAUUCGUCCGACCUUCUAACCACAAGAGUAAAACCGCUUCUCAUGGUCCGGGUCAUGCAAAUAUCAUCAGCCAAAAAGGAAAAUAUGCAAAGACGAAGGCGGAAACUGCAAGUUCCGAACCUAUCGCAGAGCUGGAUCAUGUUUCGUGGGUCGGGGGAACCGGGCAUAUGGAUGACAAUGAGAGCAAGCUGCGCUCUAGACAGAAAGUCAAAGAACCGCAUGGCUACACAGAAAAUAAACAUACGGAUGUAGAAUAUAUGCUUACAAAUGACGAGAAGAAGAGCGUACGGAGCUCGCGUCUGUUGGCACAAGGCAGUCCAAGCUCACCUUCCUUGGGGACAGAGAUGAUCACAGACCCAAAACCCAGUAAAUUACCGGAGGGCUGCUCAAGCAAAGCAGCGAAUGCGGCCCAUUGUAUCUUAUCCCUCAAGACGCGAACGACGGGGCUUUUGGUGAACUCAGGGCAGACAGAUCUCCUUGCGUCCUGCCAACAAAAGGGUACCCCCGAUGCCAAACAAGUCAGUCCGUCGGCCAAAGAAGCAAUUUCCCGCUCAUCCACAAAGCGGUCGGAAGCCACGACGAUUAGGGGCAUAGAUCCAGAAGAGGGUAGUAAGGACGAUUAUACUACCCCCCACAAAUUUUUGCACGUGACGAAGGAGGUGCUGGGGAAACGUUCUCCCAGUAUUCAAGCGCCGUCGACACCUCCCUCCAAACGAGUGCGGGGACAUAAUAUACAAAGCUUGGAUUCUAUAUGUCAGGGCUCAGCUCAUGUUCCAUUGAGCAAUAGGCGCGAUAGGGUCCUUGAAGAUCCUCUUAGCCCAUGCGGACAGCGGAUCCGCCCACGAUCAACUCCACCUCGAAAGGGCAAACAUGAUAUGCGGCCUCCUUUACACCCGACAAACAACGAUACUGCACUAGCUACCACUCCCAGGCUCCACAAAAUGAACAUCAGCAAGUCCAGCCGUGUACUGGACAACAGAAGAACGCCUAUACACCACACAGAACGAAGCAACUUCGACGAAUCGAAUAUAGAGCUUUUGUCUAGCAAUAGUAAGCCUACCCCGGCAUCACCUCAUGCAGAAUCUACGGCAAUAUCUGGACAUGCUGAUCCACGCCGGGUGAGAAUGGAAAAGGAAAUGGCCGACAGCGAUAUAAGGCGUACAGAUCCAUUCAAGGAAACAGUGCCUCGAAAGACUCGGGCCACUGCAUUCACACGACGAUUAAGUAAAGCCAUUGGUGCCGCCGAUAGCACAAAUAACAAGUUGAACAAUCAAGACGUGAACGGCAUGCACUUUGAUGGAGAUAAAUUGGUGGACGAAGAGCCCCUGCCUACCAUAAAACAAACGCCAGUACACCUACGCUCAUCCCCACCACCUUUAUACCACGACUCUCCUAGCACCCCAGGCUCUUCUUCCUUUGGUGAUACGGAGCCCAAAACCUCUACUCCAGCAUCCGCCUCCGAUAUAGAAGGGCUAGAUUGGGAAGCCAGUCUCCAGCCACAUCAACGCACCCUACGAGAUCGGCUUUUUCGGGUCUCAAAUCGCGUAAUGCAUUGUAUCGUAGAUAAUGAGGCUAUCAUCGAAGACAUUGCCGAAACAUACCACGAGGAUGGCGAGAGCUUGUUGCAAUCACUGGUUGAUCGUCGCUCGGCGGAAAUCGAUACCUUGUCCAAGGAGAUGGACAACAAGGCUGGCCAGAUGAAGAGGUCUUGCGACCAGGUCUUGAAGCAUCUCACUCGCGAUGGGGAAGUGGUGCAGAACAUGACUAUGGAAGGGUAA